AUGGGCUCUGAGAGUGUGUAUAUUGUAAUAAUCUUCAGUUUUCAGACUCUCAUUGGAACUCUGGGGAAUCUCUUUCUCUUAGGUAAAUACAUAUUUCUUUAUCUCAGUGGACAUAAAACAAAACCCACAGAUUUGAUUAUUAUGCAUCUGAUUGUGGCCAACUUAUUGGUCAUUCUCUUUAGAGGGGUCCCAGAGAUUUUGGCAGCUUAUGGGUUGGAAGACUUCCUCAGUGACUUUGGAUGCAAGUUUGUUUACUAUAUUAGCAGGGUAGGCAGAGGUGUAGCCUUUGGUAGCACUUGUUUCCUGAGUGUCUUCCAGGCCAUCACCAUCAGCCCCAGCAAUUGCAGGUGGACUGAGCUCAAAUUGAAAUUUCCUAAGUACAUAAACACCUUAACUACCCUACUCUGGGUCCUGCAUUUGUUGCUGAAUAUUAGUUUUUCUGUGAGCUUGACUAUGAAAUUGAGAAACAAAAAUGUUACUAGUAAGAUAGACUUUGCUUACUGUUCAGAUCCGAAUACCAAGAGAGGGAUAUACACGGGGCAUGCAGUGUUAACUGCCAUAUUUGAUGUUUCAUGCAUGGGGCUCAUGCUCUUAGCCUGUGGUUCCAUAAUUUUCAUUUUAUUUAUGCACAAGCGACGGAUUCAGCACAUCCAUAGGUCCAACCACUCCUUCAGGUCCUCUGCUGAGACCAGAGCCACCCACAGCAUCCUUAUCCUGGUGAGCAUCUUUAUGUUUUUCUAUUUCCUGUCUUGUAUCAUGCAAAUAUAUGUGACUUUUUUUCAUCAUUCGAGAAUCUUGCUGUUUACCCUUGAUGCUUUCAUAAGUGCAUGUUUCUCAACUGUCUGUCCUUUUGUAUUCAUGAAUUGUGGUCACUGUGUAUCUGGAAUAUGCUGUUUCUAUGGUCAAAGAAACAGAGUCACCUAA